AUGGUUAGCUUAGGAACCGCAGAUGGUGGCGAGACAGCUUCAGAUCGUAGAGAGCGAAGGAAGUGGACGCCGGCUGAUGAUAUCUUGCUCAUCAGCUCGUGGUUAAAUACGAGCAAGGAUCCUGUGGUUGGCAACGAACAAAAAUCUGGGACAUUUUGGAAAAGAAUUGCCGCAUACUUUGCGGCAAGUCCUCAGGUUGCUGGCUGCGAAGAGAGAGAGGCUACCCAUUGCAAGCAGCGUUGGCACAGGAUCAAUGACCUUGUGUGCAAGUUCUGCGGUGCGUAUGAAGCUGCUACCAGAGAGAAAGCUAGCGGCCAAAACGAGAAUGAUGUUGUGAAACAUGCUCAUACAAUAUUCUACAACAACUACAAGAAGAAAUUUACUUUGGAACACGCUUGUAAUGAACUACGAAACGACCAGAAGUGGUGCGCCCUUAUGACUGCUAAAAAGGAUGUAAGCUCGAAGAAGAGGAAGUGUGAGGAUGGAGAUGAUUCAGAGACCUCUCAAGCUACAGAGAACAAGCGUCCCCCGGGUGUGAAGGCCUCAAAGGCAAGUGGUAAGAAGAAGGUGGUAGACGAUGUGGACGAUCAAACAGCAGGAUUUGGCUGCUAA